AUGGCUUUGCUCAGGGCAUCAGCUCCGUUGCGGAGGUCGUAUAUUGCGUCUCGGCUUGCUGCGUGCAAGAUCCGGGGACUCGCGACUGUGGCCAAUGGAGCACGACUCUACGAUGUCGUUGUUAUCGGAGGCGGCCAUGCUGGAUCGGAAGCAUGCGCUGCCGCAGCUCGUUCGGGUGCGCGAACCGCGCUGGUCACGCCGUCGUUAUCGAAUAUCGGGGUUUGCUCUUGCAAUCCCAGUUUCGGAGGCAUUGGAAAGGGCACCAUGCUUCGGGAAGUCGACGCGAUGGAUGGCGUCGCCGGCCGGAUAAUCGAUAAGGCUGGGAUCAUGUUUCGGGUAUUGAAUCGUUCCAAAGGCCCGGCGGUAUGGGGACCGCGUGCGCAGAUUGACCGCGACCUGUACCGAAGGUACAUGACGGAGGAGCUGGUGAACACCCAAAACUUGAGCAUCGUCGAGGGGAAGGUUGCCGAUAUUGUUGUUUCUAGGGAGGGGUUGGAGAGCACUCCUGGGGCUCAGGGCAAGAUUGUUGGUGUGCGCCUUGAAUCUGGCGAGGUUAUACCUACCGGCAGGGUGGUCAUCACGACUGGGACUUUUUUGGGCGGGGAAAUUCACAUUGGACUGGACAUCUUCCCAUCGGGACGCAUGGGUGAAGCGCCUACGUAUGGUCUGAGCAAGUCUCUCCGUGAUGCCGGGUUUUCACUAGGGCGAUUGAAGACUGGAACGCCGCCACGAUUGGAUUUGAAAUCCAUCGAUUUCACAGGGUUGGAGGUACAGAAAGGUGACUCUCCGCCACAUCCGUUCUCCUAUCUCAACAAGACUGUAGAUGUUGGCGACGAGGGCCAAUUGAACUGCUGGAUGACCCAUACCAACGAGGCUUCCCAUGAGAUCAUCCGGGCGAACCUGGACAAGUCUGUCCACAUCAGAGAAACUGUUCGGGGCCCCAGAUAUUGCCCUUCUUUAGAAUCGAAGAUCAUCCGGUUCAAGGACAAGGAACGUCACCAGAUCUGGCUGGAGCCAGAGGGGUUCGCUCCAAACGAGGUGGUGUAUCCCAAUGGUAUUUCCAUGACCGUCCCUGCAGAUGCACAAUACGCCAUGCUGCGGACUGUGAAGGGACUGGAGAACGUCAAGAUGCUCCAGCCAGGCUACGGAGUGGAAUAUGACUAUAUCGACCCUCGCAACCUGCGCCCUACGCUCGAAACCAAAUUGAUUAACGGCCUUUACCUGGCCGGACAGAUCAACGGCACAACUGGCUACGAAGAAGCGGCUGGCCAGGGUAUCAUUGCUGGCAUGAACGCUGGCUUAGAAUCGCAGGAUCGCCCUCCACUUACUCUGACCCGUUCCGAUGGAUUCAUCGGUAUCAUGAUCGAUGACCUGAUCACAAAGGGAGUCUCCGAGCCCUAUCGCAUGUUCACCACUCGCAGCGAAUACCGUAUUUCCACCCGGUCAGACAACGCUGACCUACGAUUGACGCGCAUGGCCCGCGAUGCGGGUGUCGUCUCGGACAAGCGCUGGCACAACUUCACCGAGACAGAAGCCCAGAUCCAGGAGCUCUCGUCCUUGUUGGAACGGACCAAACUCUCGUCUUCCGCCUGGUCCCGCAAAGGCUUUAGGGUGCGCGCCGAUACUUCCAUCCGCUCUGCCCUCGACAUCUUGUGUCUAGACAACGUCGAUAUCGAUGCAUUGAUCCCGCAUAUCGAAUCACCUGGCAACGCCUAUGUCGCUGCAUCGUUUGCCCCUGAGAUCCGCACACGUGUUGCGAUUGAAGGUCGCUAUGCUCCGUAUGUCAAGAGACAGGAGAAAAUGGCCCGCCGCUUCCACCAGGAUGAGAAUCUCUUGCUCCCAGCAGAUCUCGACUACGGUGCCAUCCCCGGGAUCAGCAAUGAAGAGAAACAAGCUCUUGAGCGAGUUCGCCCCGCAAGUGUUGGCAUGGCGAGACGCAUUGAGGGCAUGACGCCUGCCGGUGCGCUACGAUUGCUUAUGCACGUCCGAAAGGGCAGCGGCUUUGUCAAGGAAGCUGAGGAAGACCCUGCUAUUCAGGGUGUUCUAGGCACCUCGCCAUGA